GCAUGUCCCUUUGUUCUGCCAACCAUUUGAAAUAAUCUGUUUUUAACUUACUUUCCGAUCCUUCUCCCUUUUUUCUGUUCCUUGAUCAUGACAGAAAAAAUCCAAGAUGACCUCUUCUCGCAGAAUGCAUCUGAAGAGUUUACUGCUGUCCCUUGCCAAAGCUGCACUUGAGAAGGAAGAAGCAGAUCGGGUAGCAGAGAAGGAGAGGUAUAUGGAAGAACAUUGUGGACAUCUGCAGACUUCUGGGCUUUCAAUGGCAGAGCUGCAGGACUUGUGCAGGAAACUUCAUGCAAAGAUAGAUGUUGUUGAUGAGGAGAGAUAUGACAUGGAAUCCAAAGUUGCUAAGACCACCAAAGAGAUUGACGACCUGAACUUGAAAGUUUUUGACCUGAAAGGCAAAUUCAAGAGGCCACCACUCAAGAGAGUCCGUAUGUCUGCUGAUGCCAUGCUACGCGCUCUGCUGGGCUCCAAACACAAGGUGUCCAUGGACUUGAGAGCUAAUCUGAAACAAGUGAAGAAAGAGGACACUGAGAAGGAGAAGGAUCUGCGCGAUGUUGGAGACUGGCGUAAAAACAUUGAAGAGAAGGCCGGAAUGGAAGGCAGAAAGAAGAUGUUUGAGGGUGCUGAAUAAAACUUGUCACCAUGUAACCAAAUACUGUAUUGCAUUUAGUAUUUGUAAUAAAAUAUAUGUAGGUCAA